UUCUUCAUCUCGAGUGAUGGGAAUCAAGACGACAACAUGUCUACUACGUCAUGUGAUCCAUUACACACCCAAGGAGGUCCAGUCACGCAAGCUAGAGUUAAGAAGAUGCGUGAAGCUUUAAAUGGCCUUAUUGAGCAGAUCUGGGUUGAAAACAACAUAAAACACGCAAAUCGAAGCUUGAAUGAUUAUCAAGGCAUGGCUUGUAACCCUAAUGGAGAAGAGGCUAUUGAAUCUGAGAUUUUGAGAGACUUUUCUCUUUGGUAUACGAGUCCGGUCAAAGUCUUCUCUGACCAUCAAAAUCAUCUUCUCCGCUCGGACCAGGGAAGUCUCUUCACCUCCUGCACAUCCGCGUCCACCAUCAUCACCGCUCAUCCACAGGCUCUCUCUCGGCUCUACCAUUUUUCCGAGUAUCAUCACUCUAGUGGACCUCCGAUCUCCAGAUCUGCUCGCCGUCGCUUCUCAGUAGCCGCACGUCUUCUCCUCUCUGUCUCGGAGCAGCCAAACAACCUCCUAGGAUCUUCCUCUUCUCCUUUCCAUCGCCGGCCUUCUCAGUUUUCCAUCGACUCUGCUGCACAGUCUCCUGUGGGUGUAGAUCUGAACAGAGGAGUUUUAGGGGCAGCAGUGAGGAGAAAAACCGGGGAAUAUCCUGUGGGUGGG